AUGGCCUCCCCUGCUCCACCCUUUCCCUUCCCCCGCGAGUACCACUUCCCGCCCUUCUUUACGGCCCAAACCAACCUCACGACACGUCACGCCCAGCUCACCAAAUGGUCAGCCCUCGUCCUCGCUUACGCACGACAUCACCGCCUCUUUCGUCUCGUCCUAUCCGAGGCUGCCGAUUCGGAUCUCUUCUUCAAUGGUCGUAUCGAUCGCCGCCUAGCCGUGGCCGAUAUUCGUCAGGUCAUAGACUUCCUGCGCAAGGACGGCCGGGCCGAAUUCCUCCCGCCCCCCCCGGGCACCAAGGAUCCCGCCGCGCCCGACGUCGUCUUCGUCUACUGGCGCAAGCCCGACGAGUGGGCCGCCCUCGUCGAGGCCUACGUGGAAGAUACGGCCCAAAAGGGAAGCGUCCUGACGUUGUACGAGCUGACUGAGGGCGAGGGCACGAGGGGCACUGAGAUUCAUGGCAUGGAUAGCGACCUCCUCCUCAAGGCCCUCAACAUCCUCGUCAAGCGUGGCAAGGCCCAAAUCUUUGGCCAGGAGGACUCACUCGGCGUCAAAUUCUUCUAA